CUCCCCACAAUCUCCUCCCUCCACUGGACGGUGCUCCACCUGAACGAGGGGAGAGGCCUUUCCUUCCGUCACCAUGCCUACCACUCCCGAGCGCAGGAGCGACCACGGACUGUUGUCGCGUCGUCGCACUUACGGACAGUCCGACCACCAGCGCUCCCCCUUCGGUCGAGCUGCUCGAGCCCACCUCACCCAUGACUUUGACGCGUCUCGUAUCCCCAGUCCACCCCGCGAGUACAGCCCUCAACACCACCGACGCAACUUCAGCCAAACCGGAACCCUCCGCGGAGCCUGGGAGCACUUGUCGCGUCCACCCAACAUGUCGGACCGCGACCCCGCGCCCUUCACCCUCGGCACCUCGAAUCGGAAUCGAAGAGAAAGCUUCGAGAUCGCAUCGCCCGAAUCAAACCCCCCGGACGAGUUAGUCGAGGCGUACCGGCAGAUCGACGACGCGGGAAGCCUGGCUGAUCUGGACCCGGAGGAUGACUUCAAUAUCUCCCUACGAGACAGUCGCAGCAGACGCUCCUCGUCGGUAUCGAGGCUACGGGGGGAUGAUUUGUUUGCGAUUACCGAUACCGAUUUCUUGAACGACGUCUCCGACGACCACGACGCCCUUCGCCGGAAACUGGUCGACCAUGUCGAAGAUGAGAAGCGCUUCCGCCGGGCAACAUCCAGCCGGUCGCCGGUUUUGAGCAACGCGGGGACUAUAAACCCAUUGACGUCGGAGAAUCUCCAACGGCGCAAUGAGGAGGAGGAGGAGGCUGGGAUGAUGGAGGACGACGACGAUUUCAAGCCCUCGGUCCAACUUCCGUCCACCUGGGGUACCCGGGCGACUUUUCGCGGUGGCGACUGGCUGAAGAAGAUGGCGCGCCGCACUGAGCUGCCAUUGACUAAGGCGGAAAGACCGAAGGAUGAGCCCUCGCCCCCGAGGUUCAAGUUGGAGAAGGACCUGCACACCAAUCCUGAACGAAAUAAUCUCGAUAGCAGAACGUCGGGCGAUCGUGCGACGAACAGAUACACCCGCGUUCCUUUGUCGGACACACCAAAUAACCUGCUUGCCGAGCAAAAGCCCGACAAGUUGACGCUGGGUGAACAUAUACCAUACACGCCAGUUACGGUCUUCAACUCCUAUAAGAAUUCGACGUUUACGAAGCGGAGUCCGACGAAAAGGGAUUCCCAGGAUCUGCUUCGCAAACUAGCGAGAGCAGAGAGUCCCAACCAGCGAAACGAGAUGAAAACCCCGGAAGCCCAAAAGAUCCCCGACAGACGCAUCUACGACAAGACACCGAUUGUGACGGGCGCCUGGAUUGACACCCCAGUGACCGAGCGGGUGAAUCAGUUUCCUGAACACCUUUCUCGGGACAUAGUACCGUCGCCACCAACGAAUGAUAGGUUUGAGUCGUCGUUUGUACCCGUGCAACCCAGGAUCGACGAAAUGCCUGAGACAUUUGAGUUGGGGGAGACAAAAGUUAGGGAUAAUCAGGAGAAACAGAAGAGGGGGGAAGAGGAGAGACAGAGGGAGGAAGAAGAGGAGAGACAGAAGGAGGAGAAAAAGAGAGAAGAAAGACUACGGGAAGAGAAGCUGAAGGAGGAGAAACGGAAGAAGGAGGCACAGAGAGAAGAACAGCAAAGGGAGGAAAAGCUCAAGAAGCAACAGCAGGACGCAGAAAAGCAGGCCCAAGAGAACAAGAAGAAACAAGCGGAACCAGCCAGCGGAAAGGCAAAGGCAAACAAGCCACCACUGGUCAAGCCUGAUCUGCCGAAAAGUGCCCUGGAGACAGUCCUGCAGGAUUACAAAGAGCAUAAGGAUUCCUUGGAUGUUGGUGACGACACGAUCGAGUCGCUCCAGGAGAUCAUUGAUGGACAACCCAGUGAGCCCAAGACGGAGGAAGAGGACGAUGCUGCAUAUGAAAAAGAGAUCCUGAAGAAGCUGGAGCUCGCCAGCACGGGGGGGCGAGACACCAUGGAUCUAGACAGGCUGAAUGAGAAGUUGCGGUCGUUGGCUGAGAAUAUCCAGAAAGUCAAGACAGGGCUGAAUGGCCUGGAAAACCAGGUGUCCCGGGAUGCCGACGUUCUCUCGGCCAUCCAGUCGCCCCCGAGGGGCAGAAAGGGCCCAAAACAGUACACCUGUUCAAACUGCCAAGGGGAACACGAUGGCCGAGUCUACACAGAGAUUUCUUUCCCGCGACUAUGGAAACGCAACCCCAUCUCUCGUCGCAUUCGCCCUACCCGCCUGGGAUGGUGCUCCUUGAUCCUACUCCUUUGGUACUGCUCCGAGUCAACCAUGUGCGAUGCCUACUGCCAUCCCAUGGUCUCCAACACCUGCAACGGCAACUGCCUACGUCCAGACGCUCCCCGCUUCCCAUACGUGAUCCCGACCAUGCUCUGGCGCUGGCUACAUCUCUCCUCGAUCUUCACUCCCCUCUGGGCUAUCUCCAUCGCUUUCUUCCGACUCAUCGCCCAGCUCCUUGGUUUCUGGGACGGAUACGUGGAAGAGGCACCCGUCCCGGUGAAUUUAUCUGGCGAAAUCCGCAUCAACGGCAGUCGGGUAGACAACAUCCCCACUGCGUCAGCUACAUCUCGAGGAUUUUUCUCGCCUCCGAAACUGUGGCCUGAGAAGGAACAGCGCGCGGCAGUCCCGGAACCAGUUCCUGAAUUGAAAGUCGAGGUGGCGGAUAUCCACAUCAGAGAAGGAGGAGCAUCAUCAUCAUCAUCAUCAUCAUCAUCAUCAUCAUCUUGGGAGGAGGAUGGCUUCAUGGAUGACGAUGAGUUUAUUUAGUCUAGUCUAUCUAGUAGGGAGUCCUCAUCUCAUCGAACUUCGAAGGUUUAUUUAGCGCGUUUUUGCUUCGGUGGUGUCGGGUUCAUAUCAUAUCAUAUCAUAUAUCAUAUGCAUAUUGGUGGAUUGGGCGGGAUAGCUUGUUUCUAUACACGCAGUAUAUUUCAUUGGUCGUU